AUGAAGAACAUUAUGGAGCAACUUGCAGCAGGGUUGAAGAAUGGUCCAUUGGCAAUUCUCACCACUGAUGUAUCACACGUCGGCUUUGGUCGCCUGGGGCCCUAUAUCCUGGCUGGCCUUGCAGCAUAUCCAGUGCUAUGCUCUUUUCUCCGUUUUCGCAAGAUGCGAUGGCUCCAUCGCAAGUACAAUUUCCCAACCCGCGAGUCCCUGGCACGCAUGACCGAUGACGAAGCGUGGGAAAUUCAAAGGGUCCUAUUGCAGCAGGAGUUCCCUUUCUUCUUCAUCAAAGCACUACAAUUUGCGCUAUUCAGGACGUACGGAAUCCCCACUAUAUCCAGCCUCCUGACCGCGACGAGCCAAUUCUCGAACCCUGAGACAUCCCUCAAGCGCUACACCGAUACCAGCGUUCUGAUUCAGGAGUUCAUGGGAAAUGCCCCCUCCUCAGAGCGCGCCUGCAUUGCCCUCGCGCGCACCCGCUUCCUGCACACUGGCUACCGUGCCGCGGGCAAAAUCCAAGAAGACGACAUGCUGUACACGCUCGGCCUCUUCGCCAUUCAGCCCGUGCGUUUCAUCGAAAAGUUCGAAUGGCGCACGUUGAGUGACAUGGAGAAAUGCGCCUUGGGUACCUUUUGGAAGAGCAUCGGUGACGGGCUGGACAUCAGCUACGAGAACCUCCCGUCAAGCAAGACGGGAUUCCGCGACGGUCUCCACUGGUUGGAGGAGAUCAUGGCCUGGAGCGACGAGUACGAAGUUCGAAGCAUGCUUCCGGACGUGAAGAACCGCGAGACAGCCGACCAGACCACUGCCGUGCUGUUGUACAUGAUCCCCGGCCCGUUGCAGCCUAUCGGGCUGAAGUUCGUUUCGUUCAUGAUGGACGAUCGUCUACGGAAGGCCAUGCUCGCUAAAACAAGAUACGACGCUCCACCCGCCGCCUACACCAAAGUAUUCUCCUUUAUCCUCCGCGUCCGCCGCUUUGUUAUGCGCUACCUUGCCCUCCCCCGUCCCUACUUCUUGCGCUACCAACCCUACACAGAACGCCCAGACGAGCACAACCGCAUCUUCGUCACGCAAUGGGACGCAGCCCCCUAUUACGUCAAGCCGACUUUCUGGAACCGCUGGGGCCCAACUGCCUGGCUCACCUGGGCUCUGGGGAAGCCGCUCCCCGGCGACGUGGGCGACAAGUAUUACCCGCAGGGCUACUACACUGCCGACGUAGGCCCAAAGUACUUUGAAGGAAAGGGUCAACAGACCGUGGAGAAGAUUACAGAAGAGCUCAAAGUCUCGAGGGCGGGGAAGUGUCCGUUCAUGUGA